ACGAAGGUGUAAUCGGCGUCAGUGCCACCGAGGCGCUACCUGCCGCUGCACCUCAACACAGCGCUUAAACCACAAACCGGAUUUAUUUUUUGGAUUCGUUUAUGGACAAAUAGCGGCUGGCUUUACACUCUUUCUGUCUUGAUCCCUCGUUGGAGACGCAGUAAAAGGUAAUACGCUGCGUGAUACGGAUCAGAUUCCCAAUGGGCGAAUCGGGUCGGCGCUCCACCCUGGUCUCCCGUCUGCCCAUCUUCAGACGCAGCAGCAGCAAGAGACAGGACUCCCUCCCCUCCUCUCCGUCCUCCGGGGGUCUCACCAACGGGGUCCACACCUCCUCCCCCUCCAGCACCAACUCCAGCUCGGGCAGCACAGGCAAGAGACGCAGCAUCUUCCGGGCCCCGUCUCUCGGAUUCAGCUCCAAACGGAACAGCGAGCCCCGCGACCACAACGUCAACCUAAACCUCAGCUCCGCCCCUCCAGCCAACGCCCAGGCCACAGACGCCAAUGGGAACAGCCAGAGCAACAUCCCCACUUCAGUGUCCACUACGGGCUUCGUCGAGGGAGGGGGGCGGUCCAAAAACAGGCAUUCGUUUGGGUUUGGGAGUCACAAGCAGAAGAAGAUCACGCGGUCCCAGACGGAGGAUUUUGAUAAGGCGUCGUCCUCUUCAUCAUCAGCAGGAAACCGAAACGUCUUCAUAAACUGCAUCAGCGGCUCCAGGGUGAACGAGGGCGAUGACUCCGGUUUUAUGGACGACUUCAGCGGCGCCAGUAACAACAACAAGCGCUCGUCCUCCUCUCGCCAGAAGAAGCAGCUCCUCCCCAAGUCCUUCUCCGCCCACCACCGCUUCUCCAAGACCUCGGACCACCACAGACCCCCCGAAGUGACGCUCGAGCCCCCCUCCUCCACCACCACGCUCACCCCGGGGUCCUGGCCUGGAGAGCUGACGGGCGCUGGUGCUGGAGGAGAGAGUUCUCUGCAGUCUCCCAUGAUUUCAGAGGAUCGGACCACUGCGAUCACCCCGUCCGAGUUUCACCCCAUCACGGAGGAUUCUGUGUCUGAUUCUGUGGACGUCCUGCCCACGCCCAGCCCCGUGCCAGUGCUACCCCCAGAGUCUGCCACCCUCCCUGGGCAAGACGAGACCAACACUGCCCUAGACCCUCCACCCGCUCCGGAGAACAAUAACACGGUCAUCUCUACCUCCCAAGUUUUCUUCAGUCCAGUCCAGUCCAGCGCUGAGAAGGCUCUACCGGCCGACACCAGCACGGCCAACAACACGGACUACGAGACCGCCGUGUCCCUCUCCGAACCAGAGACCGCCGUGCCCUGUCUGCCGCUGAAAGAACAGAGCGAGGAGGAGAGGAGAGAGAGGGAGGAGGAGAGGAAGGAGGCCAGAGAGGAGGCCUCGGUGGAGGAGAGGAGGGAGGUGAGCAGAGGGCGGAGGGUGGCGUACCUCACGGAGACCAGUGAGAGCGAGCCAUGUGUGGUCCGCAGCGAGGGGGCGGGGCCGGAGCGGAGGACCAGGACCACCAGGUCGUUUCAGGAGCCCAGAGGAACCAACUGCGGCUGCCAAGAGCCCAGGCACGCCCACCUCAGGAAGCAUGCAGGCUCCCUGUGCAGCAGCGUGAGCCCGUACCACGGCGUGAUGCGGCUGGAGCGGCGUCUGCGCUCGUCCUCCGAGGGGGCGGGGGGACCUCAUCUCCACGGAAACCUGCGAGACGUGCCGGGUCUGGAGGGAUAUGGGCUUCUCAAACACAGGCACAACUCCUCCUCCUCCAAACUGGGCAGUCUGGACGUCCUGAACAACCUUGGUUCUUCAGAGCUCGACGAGGACGAUUUGAUGUUGGACCUGGAGCUGUCGGAUGAUCAGAGGCAUCGGCAUGUUUCCCGUGAAAACUCCAGUCAGUCCUUGGCCUCCUGUUUAAACCUGCCCCAUUCUCCUCUGGACCCGACCGGCGAGCGCAUCCUGGGGAGAGAGCACAGCCACAGGGAGGCGAGUCGACCCUCCAGCCUGCUGCCCGCUGAGGGGAACUCGGGGCCGGCUGUGGGGAGAGAAGAGGAGCCUCUCGCCGUGGGGAUGGAGAGUCUUCCCCUGAGGCUGAUGCAGCAGGACUGUACCGCUGUCAAAACACUACUGCUCCGACUCAAACGCACGCUGCAAGAGAGCGCAGAGACCAGCCCGGCCAGCAGCCUCCAGUCUCUACCCAUCAGCCCCUGCAGCGAGAAGUCCCUCCCCUUUAAGGACUCGGGCAGAGAAGAGGCCCUACUGCAGCAGCUGAGAGAGAAGGACGAGCUCAUUCUCAAACUACAGGCUGAGCUGGAGAGCGCCAGAGCUGCCCUGAAGAUAAAAGACUGCCAAAUGAGCGACCGAACCACGCAGACCGAACACGCGGGGCCAGAGACCAACCCUCCAGGCCGGUGGUCAGGAGCAGGCAACAACAGCAACAGCAGCAGCAGCCUGGGCCCAAGGGAGCGAAGAGCGGCGCGAGCUACGGCGCCACCACACGCCGGGGACCACGUUAACCAGCACGCGCCUCACCACCCUCCGCACGGGCGCACCAACACUGCCAGAGAAGAGCGCCACCACCAGGCCCCUCCCUCCACCCGCCACCACGCCGCCAACGCCGCCCUCCUCGCGUCGACGUUCCCCCCGUCGCAGCCGUCUCGCGGUCGGCAGUUCGAGGUGGUGUCUUCCUCGGCGGAGUCUUUAACCCAAAGCGCCCCCCUUUCCGCAAAACGAGGAGACGCUCACCCCCCCGCCGUGUCCCAAAUCCCCCGGGCGGUCGGCUCCAGCGCCUCCUCCAGUCUCCACAGUCUGAGCAGAGGCACCUUCUCGUCUUCUGACCCCAGCUCCCCGCCCCCGCCCACCCCGUCCUCCUCGUCCUCCUCGUCGUCCUCGUUCACGGGGCGGUUGGGACAGCCCCCUCGCGGUCCCCUCUCUUUGCACAGUUACAGUCGUAAAAAUGUUUUCCUCCAACACUCGCUCCAGACGGCUGAACUGCAGGCCCUGACGCAGAGAGACAGCUGAGGGAGCGCCGGAUCAGUCGUAGUUUCGCCAACCAGCGCUGACUUUAAAGGCGCACUGCGGAAAUUUUCUGGGGGAUCGUCCGUCAAAUGUUUUUCUCCGUGGAGAUUUUAUUUCUUUGUCUGGAAUGUUUCACAGUAUGACAUUAAACUUUUCUAUUUUCACGGAGACCAAGCCAGACCAGAUCUAGGCUCUCAUUUAUAAAAGUUUACAAAGAAUUCUUCCUAAAAAUGUAUGUAGGGACAAAAUACAAACUUCUACAAACUUCUACAAACUUCUACAAACUUCCACAAACUUCCACAA